AUGCUCCCUGACUUGUCCCUGGCCUCCAGGGCCGUCCAUGCCGAUGCUCACAUUGCUGGUCAUCGAGCUAUCGCCCCUGCGAUGCAUGUGAGCACAACAUUUCGCUAUAGCGAGAACCCAAAUGAGCUGUCAGGCGUUGGCAUUGGCGAAUUCGAGAAUCUCGACCACAAUGCGCCUCGCGAUUCUCAUGUCUACUCUCGAGAAUCGGCACCCAACACGACCCGUCUCGAGGCCGUUCUAUCCUCCAUCCUAGGCGGACCCAGCGUGACAUACGCCUCCGGCCUGGCUGCCUUCCAUGCCAUGCUGGUGCAACUCAACCCCAAGCGCAUUGCGAUUGGCGAGGGGUACCACGGCUGCCAUGGUGUAAUCGACGUCCUCUCGCGUCUGAGUGGCCUCAAGAAACUGCCACUGGACUGUGAUCUCUCGGAGCUCGAGGCGGGUGAUGUGAUUCAUGUCGAGACUCCCCUCAACCCCACGGGCGACGCGAGGAACUUGGCGUACUACGCCGAGAGGGCUCGCAAGGUCGGCGCAUACGUAACCGUCGACGCGACCUUUGCCCCUCCCCCGCUGCAGGACCCCUUUGCCCAAGGCGCGGAUGUAGUGAUGCACAGUGGGACAAAGUACUUUGGCGGACACUCUGACCUUCUAUGUGGUGUCGUCACCGUCACACCCGACGAGAAGGGGCAAAGGCUACUCAAGGGCCUGAAACACGAUCGCCUGAUGCUCGGCUCUGUCAUGGGCAGCCUCGAGGGUUGGCUGGGUCUGCGCUCGCUACGCACACUGGAGCUUCGCGUCAAGCGCCAAAGUGAGACGGCCACAAAGCUAGUCGCGUGGCUGGCGUCCGAGCUCAAGGACCCGGCCAGUCUGGUCUCCACCACAGUCGAAAAGGUUCAGCACGCGAGCGUGCAGCCCGAGGCGUCUGACGAGAAUGGCUGGCUGCGAAAACAGAUGCCCGGUGGCUGGGGUCCCGUCUUCGCCCUCUGGAUGAAGGAUGCGGACAUGGCGCGAUCGCUGCCGAGCAAGCUGCACCUGUUCCAGCAUGCCACGAGUCUGGGUGGCGUGGAAAGUUUGCUGGAGUGGCGAGCCAUGUCGGAUCCUCACGUGGACAAGAGGUUGUUGAGGGUGAGCAUUGGUGUUGAAGGGUUCGAGGACCUCAAGGCGGACAUAACCCGAGGACUGGAGGCAUUAAGGGGCUAG